AUGAUUAUCGCCAUUUUAGCAAGGAGAAUUUAUCUUGAACUGUGUGACGAUAUUUUGGAAUACUAUUUUUUUGUUGCAAAGCAAUAUCCGGACAUCAACUUGGUUUCGUCAAAAAAAUACGGGUUUCUAUUUUCAUACUCAAAGGACGAAAACAUUGAUAACGCCGCUCGUUCCGCUUGUCCUCCUCCCCAAUUCAUACUUGUCAAGGAGGAAAACGAAAAGUUUCUUUAUGCUACCCUUGACCUUGUUUGCGUGUUUCGCUAA